CAAACGAACGAGAAAAGGAUUGAUAGCGAUGAGGAAGAUUUGGGCUUGGACUCUGAUAGUGAUGGUGAUAUUGGAGCUAUUAUGGCGUCGUCUCGUGGGCAAGGAGGACAUAAACAGAAGAAAAAGAAGCACGCAGACGAUUGGAAGGAUGUUGAGAUAACGAGACCACUGAUAGAUCCGCUAGACGACGAUGAGGGUAGGCCGCCAGGUAUGAGUGAUUCUUUGAAAUUCCGCAAUCGAAGUCUGUACAGUGAAAUUUUCCGGUAA